UGCUAUACAUGUUGCCGAGGUAUCGAUGGAAUAAUCGGUUUCCUUAACAAUUUCACCGCCACCAGUAUUGAGCGCGCGACGUAAAACCAUUAUUGUAUGCGCGACGUAAAACCACUAUUAAACGCGCGACGUAAUGCAAGUGAUGCCAACUGAAAUGAGGGAUUUUGGGAAACACGUCGCGCUCAGACACGACCUGGUCGCCGCCAGGGGAGGGAGCGGGGCAAAGUCUGGUGACUCAUCAGGCCGUCAUGGAUCUUCGCGCACUGACAUUUCAGAUCAGAGACAGACACAUCAGCAAGGCCAGCAAGCAGACGCAUGAUCAGCUCAUCUGCGUGACCUAUACAAUUUCAUAGAUGACCUCAGAGGCGUGCACGAUUUACCAAGGAAAAGAAUUAAAGCCCAGCACCAGAUUCAGAUAUUUCGAAUCGUUGCGUUGGCGCGCGGGUUGCAUUCCGAACAUUACAUAAAUGCGCAUUUCGCAUUGCGACACAAAAUAUGAUGAGAAUGCAUAUUGUGGUUGCUGCAGAGAUGCAUUCUGCAAAUGGCAUCGAAUUUGGAAAUUUUUGACAAGUUUUGCGAGCUUAUGGACAAAUAUUUAGAACUUCAAAGCUGCUAUUAUCGAAGAGCUGACUAUAGAUAGAGUCAUUAAUUUGGAGAGUUGUUCCAUGCGCCACGUGAUACGCGGUGACUUGUGUUCCACGCUUCCUUAAAAGAUAAUGAAUUUUGUUAAUAUUUUAAUUUUAUAUAUUCCCUUAUCUCAAAAAUUUCUUUCAAGAAAUCCAGAUUUUUCUUCCUUGAUUUGAAUCAAAAUUACUGAUGCUUUGGUUUUACUUUUUGUUCUUAAAUGAUUUGAGACAUGCGCUAAAAUUAUUAAAAUACGUUGAAUAAAUUUUACAAGUAAAGUAUCUGAGAAACUUUUUUGAAUUUUUAUUGAAAUUCUUAUUCUCAUCUGUUUAUUAAGUAAAUUUAAAAAUUGUUUUAGCUCAAAUUAAAAUAUUAGUUUGGCUUCUACCCCAGCUGCCAAAAUCGAAAAAUUAUCCGGAUUUUAUCCUCUCCCGAGAGGAUAAUAUCCGGAUAAAAGUCAGUUUUGGCAACUGGGGUAUCUAUCCCAAUUGGAAAUUUUAUCCAAAAUAUAAUUAAAUAAACAGUUUCACCAAAGCAGAAAAUUAAUUCUUAUAUUUAAAUUUUUUAAAUCUUAAAUUAAAUUCAGUUAAAAAUUUCAAAAAUUAUCAGCAUUAUUAUAUUAUUAAAAUCAUCAAAAAAAAAAAUAAAUAAAAAAAUUCUACUUAAAAAAUGUUUUGGGCAUAAUUGAAUAUUUUGAUGCCUAUUGGCAUCAAAGUUUUAAAUUAAAUUAAAAAUUAUAUUUUUUAAUAUUUGAUAUAUUUUAAUAAUUAAUUGUUCAAAAAAAUGUUAAUUAGAUUUGAUGCAUUAAAAUAAUUAAAUUGAACUCGUAAGCGUAUUUAAAACAAGGUAACUUUGAUUUGCAGCACCAAACAAAAUCAAACGCUUCUGCUGUUCCUCAACUGCAGGCUGGAGCCAAGUAGCGGAUGCAAGCUUAGAUCCGGUCUCCAUGCUCAUGGUGGAAGCAAAGCUUCAAGCGCAGCCUAUCUCCACUGCUGAUGCUGCAAAUGGAGCAAAUUUGCUUUCCUCUCUGCUCAACAGGAAAACACGAGUUGAACCCACCAGAGACUACAAAUCUGUGUUUGAGUUCCUCACAUACUUCCUUGACUUGUACCGCAAAAGGAAACUUAGUUCCAUCGCUGACCAACAGCUUUUGAUGAAACACCUAGCACAAGCCAGUACCGACUUGAAUAGAAUCUUGUAUCCAGAAGAGAGCAAACGCUGCUACCGAUGCGCAGCUGUCAAGGCUCGCGCGGAAUCUUCUUGUUUGCAUGGUGUUUGUUUGUGUGGUUCGUGCGUUUUCCUCAAAGACAACGUGUGCCGACAGUGCCCAUGGCCAGGGAAUUCCUUCAAAGCCAUCAACACCAAUCAUAAUCAAAUGCUACUGCUGUUCCUCAACUGUAGGCUGGAGCAAAGUAGCGGACGCAAGCUUAGAUCCGGUCUCCAUGCUCAUGGUGGAAGCAAAGCUUUAGGCGCAGCCUGUCUCUACUGCUGAUGCUGCUAAUGGAGCAAUUUUGCUUUCCUCUCUGCUCAACAGAAAAACACGAGUUGGACCUACCAGAGACUACAAAACGGUGUUUGAGUUUCUCGUCUACUUAAUUGACUUGUACCGCAAGCAGAAGCUGAGUGCCAUCGCUGACCAACAGCUGUUGCUGAAGCACUUAGCUCAAGCCAGUGAUCAGUUGAGCAAAAUUUGUAUGUGCAAGAGUAAUACAGAUAACAUGGAAUGCAAAAAUUUUGCGUUCAGUGUCGAGUGGCCAACACUUUGAUUCAGUUUCCUUCUUUGAAUAAAUUAUAGAAAUUUCUUGAAUUUUUGUGCGGUAUAAAGUUUAAUGCAGUGAAUAUUCAAGUUCAUUAAAAAUUUCAAAAGGUUUAUUUUUAAAUCAUGUUUAAAUUUCUGUCAAAAGGUUCCUUCUAUUAAAGAUAAAAUUUGUGUUUAAUUAACAUUCGAUAUUUCAUUCUUACAGCAAUAGCAAUCAAAUACUUCCAGCUCUGCAAGAAUUCGAAUUUAUUGUACUGUCUAACAUAAUUUUUUUUCUAUUAAAUUUAAAUUUAUAUUGAAAAAUAAAAAUUUCAGGUGUCUUAAUUAAGAACAAGUCUUACUGUUUUUUUUUUAACAAGUACAUAACUAAAAAAUUAUAUAACUCACAUGGCAAAUUCUCAACCCUUGACUCUCUUGAAUAAAAACUUGUCCGGAUCUCUGACUGUUGUGGAAAAUAUACUUUGAUCAGUCCGGAGUCCGGAUCUAUUUUCGUCAGUCGUCAUAGAAAACGCAUUUCAGUUGCUAGCUUUCAGAAUUCAUAGUCUCUAGCCUCUAUAACCAAUUAUAAACUAUAUCUGCUGACUUUAAAACUUUUCUCUAAUUGUAAAAUUAAAAUUUUGUAAUUUUUAAGUUAAAGUGGUUAUCAAUAGCAAAUGUCAAAUUCAAAUCAGAAUUUCAUGACACUACUGAUCCAAUCAUAAUAAGUGGCAGACCAGACCAAGGAAAGCAAUUUUUUCUGCAAAAUAGAUUUAUGCACAAAAAUAAAUACAUUGCUGGUUAAGAUAAAAAUGAAUAAUUAAUCUGUUUCAACUAUACAUACAGUGGACAGUGGUGCAGUUAAAGCAAAACCUUUGAUGUUAUGUGUUAAUAAAAUGAAUAAAAUCAUAUUAUAAUAUUAUGGAUAUUAUGAUAGCAUAAUCGCUUAUGUAUGUUGAAUAAUUUCAAAAAUUCCUGCUUAAAAUAGUAUUGUUUAGAGUUAUUCCAUUUUAAUUGUAACUUUAAAAGUUAAACACAAAAUUACCUUUUCCUAGACAUUUCAGGUUUUAGGUUCAAUUCCCUGAUUGGAAAAUAUGAAGUCGUCGUGACUCGGCUUUGUGACUAUGGCUUUGUACCAUCGUACCUCGUUUUAUUCCUUGAAUUCUUCGCAUCCCAGGGAUCCUUGGUGAAAAGUGCGUACCUCUCUUGCUGUGGAACAGCCCGAGGAUGGAAAUAAGUUUAAAAAUUGCAAUUUGCAAAAGAAAUCACAAAAUCCGCUGGCCGACUGAUCCAUCAGAUCCAUGCUUGUUUGUUUACUUUCUUCAUUGGUCAUUUGGUCGCCCCGCCCCAUUGGAUCACGUGAUAGUGGUCUUGGUGCUUAAACUGCUUAAGAUUCGGCUGUUGUGUGAUGUUGUUUUUCUGUUUUUAUCGAAAAUAGGAAGGAUUAUAAAAGUAAAUAUAAAAACGCUUGAGAAAAAUCAAAUUUUGAAAAGGAGCAAUGGGUGACUUUUGGGAUUGCGAAUUUUACAAGCCUUUUCCACACAACUUAAAGAAUGUCAACCCCGUGGAAGCGAAAGAGGCUCUGAAGAAAAUGAACCGGCAAAAAUUCGCAGGCCUGCUUUAGAAUUGGUACAAAUUCAGGUCCAGAAGCUAACAAGGAACCGUCAGCGUCAGAUUCAAAAGUGCAGUACGAGCCGGAGUGGUUGGAAGAAGAGGAAGAACUUGAAAACAUUUACC